AUGCUCAAUUUUACUGAUGUUACCAAAUUUAUUCUUUUGGGAUUAACUAGUCGUCCUGAAUUACAGCUCCUUUUCUUUGUGGUUUUCUUACUGGUCUACAUUGCCCCUCUGAUUGGGAACUUUAGUAUGAUCAUGUUAAUCAGGAUCAGUCCCCAGCUCAACAGCCCCAUGUAUUUUUUCCUCAGUCACUUGUCUUUUGCAGAUGUGUGGUUCUCUUCUAAUGUCACUCCUAAAAUGCUGGAAAAUUUGGUAUCGGAGACCAAAACCAUCUCCUACCCUGGUUGUAUAGUGCAGUGCUUCUUCUUCAUUGCCUUUGUCCAUGUGGAAGUCUUCAUCCUUGCUGUGAUGGCUUUUGACAGAUACAUGGCCAUUGGCAGCCCUCUGCUCUACGGCAGCCGAAUGUCAAGGACUGUCUGUAUUCGACUGAUCUCUUUCCCUUAUGUAUAUGGCUUCUUUAUUAGUUUGAUCUCAACAUUGUGGACCCAUGGUUUGUACUUCUGUGGGAACAUUGAGAUCAACCAUUUCUACUGUGCAGACCCAGCUCUCAUCAAAAUGGCCUGUGCAGGAAACUUCAUUAAAGAAUACACCAUGCGCACCUUGCUGAGAAAAAUGCUCAAUUUCACUGAUGUGACAGAGUUCAUUCUUUUGGGACUAACCAGUCGUAGGGAAUGGCAAGUUCUCCUUUUUGUCAUUUUCCUGGUGGUCUACAUCAACACCCUGGUGGGUAACAUCGGCAUGAUCCUGUUGAUUAAGGUCAGCCCACAGCUCAGCAGCCCCAUGUACUUUUUCCUGAGUCAUCUGUCAUUCGUCGAUGUGUGGUUUUCUUCCAAUGUCACCCCUAAAAUGCUAGAAAACCUGUUAUCAGAGACAAAAACCAUUUCUUAUGCAGGUUGUUUGGUACAGUGUUUCUUCUUUAUUGCUCUUGUCUAUGUAGAAAUUUUUAUUCUUGCUGCGAUGGCCUUUGAUAGAUACAUGGCGAUAGGGAACCCUUUGCUCUACUGCAGCAAAAUGUCAAGGGUUGUCUGUAUCCGACUGAUUGCUUUCCCUUACGUGUAUGGUUUUCUGACUAGUUUGGCAGCAACAUUAUGGACUUAUGGCUUGUACUUCUGUGGGAAGAUUGAGAUCAACCACUUCUACUGUGCAGACCCACCUCUCAUCAAAAUGGCCUGUGCUGGGGCCUUCGUAAAAGAAUAUACAAUGCUCAUACUCGCAGGCAUUAGCUUCAUAUAUUCUCUGACUGUAGUUAUCUUAUCUUACCUCUUCAUUCUCACUGCCAUUCUCCGGAUGCGCUCGGCAGAAGGGAGGCGCAAGGCCUUUUCCACCUGUGGGUCCCAUUUGACAGCUGUCAUCAUAUUUUAUGGAACCCUUAUUUUCAUGUACCUCAGACGUCCCACAGAGGAGUCCGUGGAUCAGGGGAAGAUGGUGGCUGUGUUUUACACCACAGUGAUCCCCAUGCUGAACCCCAUGAUCUACAGUCUGAGGAACAAGGAUGUGAAAGAGGCCAUGAACAAAGUGAUCAGCAGAACAUGUUUAACAAAAUAA